UUCCUGUCUCUGAAGUUGUACACAGAAAAAAAAAAAUCACUUGAGAUGUUGAGAGGAAACUGUAAGACGUCUGCAUGCAAUCACCUAGGGAAGCCUGAAACUUCUUUGGUGUCAGGAGUAUUGUUAUCUGUGGUUAGAGGGCACAUAAGACCAUCUGAGUUUGCCUAACAUCAACCUUGAUAUCUACAUAGUGGCUCUCAAUUAAAGACAAAAUGAAGGUGCUGAUUUCUUCAAACCUUUAUGUUCCAUAAAGAACGCAUGUGUAUAUUACUUGUUACAAGGAAAAGGACUAAGGUCUCAGUCAAGAUGAGAGGAAAACAUUGCCACUAAAAUUCUCCGCCUGGAAUUGAGUGUCUGCUAAAGUUUAUUCACCAUAAAUACAGCAAAGUUUUAUGAUGAAAAGAUUACUUGUACUCAAAGAAUCGUUGGAUUUAUUUGAAGAUUUCUGGAUUUUUUUUCAACCACAGAUUACAGCAAACAAAUUAUAUUCUGUUUGCUUUUCAUAAAUGUGUUUUUUGGGGUUUUUUUAAGCAAAUAAUUCAAUUCAAGAUUUUUUUUUUUUAUCUUGUGGAAUCAUCUAUUUCGGUGUACAAAAUGACGCUGGAGAAAGUGAUGCAGGGAAAAACAUCAAUCAGACUUCAGAUCGGCCUUUGCCGUGAACUUUAUCACCUUCACCCAAGUGAAGCAAGCUACAGCAAUGUGAAAAAGUUAGCUGUGGAUCUUGUCGAAAAGAAGUAUCCUGAAUAUGGAUUCCUGGGUGUUUCUGAAAAGAUCCAACUCUUUCGGCACAAUCUUAACUCGGAAAAUGUCCUUGAGCGUCUUCUACCCAUCAACGCCAUGACUGAAGGGGACCUAAUCGAAGUUGUUUUGCCAGCUUCUGUAUCCCUUGACUUCUCUAUUCGGCCUCACAUCCUCUUGGUCCACUCUUAUAAAUCUCCAGCCUUUUGUGACUACUGUGGAGAAAUGUUGUUCGGCUUGGUGAGACAAGGCCUAAAAUGUCAAGGAUGUGGACUUAAUUACCACAAGCGCUGUGCCUUUAAGAUACCCAAUAACUGCAGAGGUGUUAAAAGAAGUCACUUGUCCAGCCGCUCAUUCACCGGAGCAAGUUCUAUCACCAAGCCUAGAUCAGCGACUCUGCCAACUGGAGGAAGCUUGGAGGACCUAGGGGGGCACAACUCGGAGCAGCUGGUUUUCAAGAAGUCUCGUAUUCCUUCAGUUGGUGGGCGUCCAAUAUGGAAGGAUUGGCAGGAAAUGAACCGGUUAAAGGUUCCCCACACCUUCCAGGUUCAUACCUAUACACGUCCAACCAUCUGCCAGCACUGUAGACGACUUUUGAAAGGAUUAUUCAGACAGGGCAUGCAGUGCAAAGAUUGCAGAUUUAACUGUCAUAGGCGGUGUGUGCCAGAUGUGCCCGAUGAAUGUCUUGGAGAAGUGUCAAAUACUGAUGGAGAAGAUGGAGAUGGCUUUAGUCAAGAAGGUGAAGAUGAGUCUGAGAAUGACAGGCCAAUCAGUAUCAGCGGAAGUACACAUGAUGAAGAUGAGGCUCUUAUUAAGAGAAGGGAGAGCACUGUUAGUCCAUGUGAAAACCCAAUGUUUGAUAGUAACUUCAUUCCCCUUAUGAGAGUUGUACAGUCUGUGAGAUAUAACAAAAAGAAAAACAGCUGCGUGUUGAUGGAAGGCUGGCUUGUCCAUUUCACCAGCAAAGACAGUAUGAGGAAAAAGCAUUACUGGCAACUGGACAGUAAAUGUAUUACAUUAUUCCAUAAUGAGACAGGUGGCAAAUUUUACAAGGAAAUACCCCUGUCUGAUAUCCUCCACAUUGAGGCAUUUGAUACUAAACCCAAUGGGCUUGCAAAAGAUGGGGAGACCCCUCAUUGCUUUGAGUUACUGACAGAUACUUUGGUGUUCUAUGUGGGAGAGCGACGUUGCACUCCACAAGGUGGGCAUAAUAGAGCAGAUUCUGGAGACACCUGGUACAGAAUGAUCCGAAAAGCCCUGAUGCCAGGCAUGGAUGAGAGCAGCCCUCCAAAGAAGUCACCUCAGUCAAGUAUUCCAGGAGCAUAUCUUGAACCACAGAAUAAUUUGGAUAUCAGUCAUAUGUACCAGAUCUUCCCAGAUGAAGUUCUGGGUUCAGGACAAUUUGGAGUUGUCUAUGGCGGAAAGCAUCGGAAAACUGGGAGAGAUGUUGCAAUAAAAAUUAUUGAUAAACUCAGAUUUCCUAGUAGACAAGAAAGUCAACUCAGAAAUGAGGUGGCCAUAUUACAGAACUUGCGUUCUCAUGGGGUUGUUGACCUUGAAGCUAUGUGUGAGACUCCAGAGCGCAUCUAUGUGGUUAUGGAGAAGCUGCAUGGGGACAUGUUGGAAAUGAUCCUCUCAAGUGACAAGGGGAGACUUCCUGAGAGAGUCACCAGAUUUAUUGUCACACAGAUAUUAAUGGCCUUGAGGCACCUUCACGCGAAGAAUAUUGUUCACUGUGACCUUAAACCAGAAAAUGUCCUCUUGGCUACAGAGGAUGCCUUUCCACAAGUAAAACUUUGUGAUUUUGGAUUUGCACGCAUUAUUGGUGAAAAGUCUUUCCGAAGGUCAGUUGUUGGGACUCCAGCUUAUUUGGCACCAGAGGUCCUAAGGAACAGUGGAUAUAAUAGAUCCCUUGAUAUGUGGUCAGUUGGUGUAAUCAUCUAUGUUAGCCUUAGUGGCACAUUCCCCUUUAAUGAAGAUGAAGAUAUAAAUGAUCAGAUCCGAAAUGCAGCUUUUAUGUUUCCAAAGAACCCAUGGAAUGAAAUUUCUAAUGAUGCAAUUACCCUUAUAACCAGUUUGCUACAAGUGCAGAUCAGAAGAAGAUUCAGUGUGGACAAGGCACUUAGUCAACCAUGGAUGCAGGACUUUCAGACUUGGUUGGACCUUCGAGAAUUAGAAACCAGAGUUGGCCAAAGAUACAUUACCCAUGAGAGUGAUGAUGCACGUUGGCAAAGAUUUGCUGAGGAAUGUGGCAUUGCAUAUCCACAGCACUUUGUCAUGGGACCCCAGUAUGAUGAAACUGAAGAAGAAGAUGAAGAGUAAAAUUUUCCUUUUAGCCAUAAGGGUCAUUACGGUUACUUUGUUAAGCCAAGGACAUUAUACUGUAGGCUACUGUUAAAUGAUGCUACAACAUGGUCUUUCUUAGGCUCAAGUCCACUGCCCAAAUGAUAAACACUGAGCCAUAAAGAAUAGAAAUAUGCCUGUGAUAUUUAUGUAAUAACAGAAAAGUAUUUUGUGCAAAUUAUCUAUAUUUUAUAUGAAUUAUUUGUUUGUAUGUCAAAUAGAAGUUCAACUGAAAGUCAAAAAGCUCCAGAGCCAGCAAUAUCUUUGCCCUGGACAGUGUUUGCAUAUAUAUGGUUAUGAUAGGCCCCUUUAGGCAGAGUCUUCAUACUGAAUAUAAUGAUGGUGCUGUGUGCUCCUGCUUCUCUGGGCUUUUCUAAAGCUUGUGGAUAUUCUUGCGUGUUGCACAAAUUUUAAUCUUGUACACUCAGUACUAAAGGGGCUUCCCUAACUGACUCCCUGAAUGAGAAAGAGGGACUGCUAUAUCCUUAGUCUACUUUUAUCUCAUCAUGUUUGUAUAUUUUUUCUUUGGAUCCAAUGUUAAUUUUUCAGUUGUAUUCAUAUUAAUGUGACCUGUAUGUAACUUCUAUAUUAUUAAGAGAAAUAUAUUUUUUGUUUCUUAUAAAUAAGAAAAUACAUCUUGUAUACCGUCACAUACAUAUGAGAUUUGUAACUCUGUCAAAAGGCCUAUACAUUAUUACACCAAGAAAUGUUUCUGGUCGGCAAGGGUGAUAUUAAAGAGGUUUGACAAUAUGUAAAUAUUUGCUGCAAUAUCUAAAUUAGCAUUAAUAGUCAACAGUUCAUAAUUUAUUGUAAAGCAAAUUAUUGUAUUGGAAUGUAAAUUAAUUAGUACCGUA